AUGACUCUUCAGUGGACUAUUAUUGCGUUUAUUCUUUACGCAGAGAUUUUUGUACUUCUUAUACUUAUGCUCCCUUGGAUUCGACCGACAAUGUGGAAGAAGGUUUUCAACAGUCGAAUAGUUCACAGUUUUAAGAAUUUUUCGAAUGUUUAUGCUUACGCUUUUAUUUUUGUUUUGCUUCUUCUGUUUGUUGAUGCUACCAGAGAAGUGCGCAAAUACAGCCACAUUGACAUUGCUAAAGAAAUCCCGGCUCGUGCUGAUGCAGAUGCUGUUAUUCAUAUGCGUUUGUUCAGGGCUCAACGCAAUCUCUACAUUAGUGGAUUCUCACUUCUACUUGCACUUGUUAUUCGUCGAAUUGUCACCCUCCUUGCACGUUGUGCCUAUUUGGAAUUGGCAGCGGAAGCAGCAAUGAAACAGGCCGAAGGGGCUGGUAAAGCUGCCAAAGAUCUCAUGGACAAAAGUGAUGGAAAGGAAACUGAGACAGACAAAAAAUUGCGAGAAGAUUUGAAGGAAAUGAAUUUGAAGUUGAAAAAGGCGGAAACUGACCGUGAUGCAAUGAAAGCUCAAUCUGAGAAUCUCCAAGAAGAAUAUGAACGUGUUACUGCAAAGCUGAGAGAAUAUGAGAGAUUUUGGGACAUAGCUGAACAUACUUGGAAAUGUCUUGCUGGGAGUACAAUACUAUUUUGGGUGUUUAUUUUGUUUAAUACUCAUCAGGGUUUGGUUGGAAAUAAGGCUGGUCGGUGUUUAGAUGGGUGUUUUAAAAUUUUUUUGAAUCGUGUUUCGGAUUCCGGUUCAAAAAAGCUUCUGGGUGGGGUAACCAGACUUCUUGGUACACAUCACUGCUCCUAA